AUGGAUCUAGAUUUCUGUGCCAUGCUAUAUAAAGCUUGGUUGUAAGAGCAUGUUAUUCAAUCUAAAAUGUAUUUCGUCUGCUUUUUGGGAUAUUUAAAUAAGAAGGAUUUUCUAGAAGCAUUUGUUGUGCUCAUUCUUAAUUUAAAUAAAUUCUAACAAAAUUUUGAUUGUGUCAUUGUAGAUAACAAGAAAACCUAGAUUUGCAAGAACUAAUCAAAUGGAACAUGAAAAUUUUAGGGAAAUGGCUCGAGGAUAAAAAUUAGUGUUCAUUUGCUAAUGGAAACAAUGAAUAAAUAGGUAAAUAGCCUGUGAAUUACAAAUUUAAAAAAAAAUAAUGCAGAAACUAUCAUAAGAUUGGCUCAUAUUCUUAUGAUUUAAGUAGCUAAUAAGAAUACUCAAAGAUAGAGGAUAAGAUGAAAUGGGUGAAGACGUACUUAGAGAAGUAGUUCAAAUAGAUAUUAGUUGCCUUUACUUUGUAUUGGGUAGAUAUAUUGUAAUUCAAUCAAUAUAGUAAAUGGAUAUUAUAAGAUGUUAAAGAAUAUUCAAAAGAUUAUCAAGAAGUUGA